CCAAAGUCAAAGUCACUAAGUCACUCUCAGUUAAGGUGGCCAGCGACUUACCUUCUGUACAAGUAAACAAGAAUUGUGGACUAAUGAGCACAAAUAGUCCCUAUCCAGCAGCUGUAUCAAAGUCUGAAGAGAUUAAGUACCGACAAAAAUGCAAGGAUUUAAAGGCUAGAAUAUUACAAGUACAGACGGGAAAUGAGUAUCUAUUAAAAAAAUAUGAUUAUAUUAGACGAGCGGUUCGACGCGCAAGACUAGAGCGAGCUUUCUUGAUGGAACAGUUGGAAAAGCAAUCUCAAGAAAAGGCUGAUCAGCUUGGUCAGCAAUCUCGACAAUCUCCUCCGCCACCUCCUGAAGGAAUAAAGAUAAAAAUAUCCACCAAAGGUACUCAACCACAAAGCAAGAAACGAAAGUCCCCUUCCACUAAAUCAGAGACUUCGAAGAAUCCAAAAAACGUUGCUGAAAUCCAAGAGGACCAACAAAUUGCAAAUGAGAAGUCAGAGGAAACAACGAGCAUCGGAGCUGGUACAAACACAGAGAAGGAUGCUGCAUCAUUGGGUGCGCUGAAAAGUAGUGAACGAGAGGAAGGUCCAAUAAUAAAUGCAGAUGCUCAAAACACCACACAGAAAGCCAAUGCUGCGAUACCCAGAGUUACAAAUUAUAUGGCUUUUACCUAUUUUUCCUCUCAAGAGAAAGUGAAAUUAAAAGAGGAAGGUAGUGCAUUGAAGGGAACAGGAUUAAAAAAAAUGCUUGAAGAUUCUUGGAAUGCUUUGACAGAUGAAGAAAAGAAAAAAUACUUUGAUGGUGCCGCUGAAGCAAAGGCUAAAAAAGAACCUAAACGAAAAAAGACAACAAGAGCAACCCCAAAACCAGAAGUAAAAGAAGAAGUUGGUGUUGAUGAGCCUGCCGUUACCGAAUAUAGUCAACCCAAUCAAGGAAUAAGUGAUGAACCCAUAGCGACGAAUGCUCCAGAAGUUGUGCGUACCGGUGGAUUUACAGUCGUCAACCCUUCACCGAAGGUAGAAAAGUAGCUUCUUACUUUCUAUUUCGUUAAAAAAUACAAUUUGAACUUACAGGUUACUCUCGGCUGAUUAUCUCAUCUUAAGAAUCAAAUGUUUUACCGAACUUUGUUCAAAGUGUGUCUAAAAUAAUUUUCACUAAUUUUUACUUUAAUAAUUUUCUUUUUGUUAAGCAUAUUUAUGAGGGUGAAUUCCGUUCUUUUUCUUUUUAUCGAUUUUGAGUUUUUCUAGCAAAACCUUCCUAUUAAAGUACUUGGAAGGCUUGAAAUAGGCUAUUCAUAGGAUCCUAAGAACAUGAAAUAUACAAAAUCAAAGUUGAACGUUUUCUUAUAUAGAGUUGCAACGUUUUGUCAGAGACUGUUCAGUGAAAAGCGACGAUGACAGGUGAAAAAAUAAUUUAGUGCUAUGAUCCUCUAUUCAGACUGGUUUUUGGGAGUGCCGUAUAUCCUCUGAAUACUUGUUUGUUUUACUUUCUCAAGAAACAAACAUGACAUAAACGUUGAUGAAUAGAAUAAUGACUUUUCAUUUAGGCAUUACACCUUCAAUAAUGAAGGCUUAAUAAAGUACGAGCAAUAAUAUGUGACAAAGUGAAUUAUAUGGCUAGGACAGAGAUAUAUAAGAAGGUAACAGGUUGGAUCUAAUAGCUCACCAAAAUACCUGAAUUUUAAUAACUGAAUCGCUUCGACGGUAAACCUGAAAGAUGCAGUUAGAUAGGAAGAAAACGUAUAGAAAGGUUUAUUUUCUUACUUAUCCUGAUAUGAAAGCUCAAUGGGUGUUGAUUGAUGAUCAAGCCAGGAACGGUCGGAUCAACGAAAAGGAGGAUUAACAAUCUUUGUUUUUUUUUAUAAAGUUUCCUUUGAGUAAGACAUUAAGUUGCAUGUAAAAUGUACAACCUCUGAUCAUUCAAUUCGGUUUUCUAAAGAAGGCAUCUGAGUCAUUAAAUCUGAGGUUGUUGAGGACCCUGGAAUCGUUAAUCGGUUGGAAAAGCAAUAAAUAUUUACUGUAGAUUUUGAGUUCGACUAUGAUUAUAUGUUUACGCAAAACCUAUGCUUUGAGACUAAAUUUAACAAAUUAAUUCAUCUUAAC